AUGGCUUCCUCUACUCUACCGCGCCGCAUAGAUGUGCACUCACACUUCCUCCCACCUUUCUACCGCACCGCACUUGCUGAAAAUGGGCACGAGAAGCCUGAUGGUAUGCCUGCGAUACCGGAAUGGUCCCCCGAAGCCCAGUUAGAAAUGAUGUCCGCUGCCAACAUCACCAAAGCCAUCCUCUCCAUCUCCUCGCCUGGGUCAUACAUCAACGACCAGCUCGGCGUGGGAUUGACCAGGCAAUGCAACGCCUACGCCGCGCAGCUAAAGUCCGAGAAGCCAGAGAAAUUUGGGUUCUGGGCGAGUUUGCCCCUGCCAAAUGUCCAUGCCAGUCUGGCUGAGAUAGACACGGCGUGGCGCGAAGGCGCAGAUGGAUUCGGUCUGUUGACGAAUUACUACGGUCAAUAUCUCGGUGACGCGGCGUUCGACGGUGUGUUUGACAAGUUGAACGAGUUGGGCGCGACGGUGUUCAUCCAUCCGACCGUGCCUUGUAUUCAUGGCGAUUCGGGUGUGGGAUGUACAAAGGCCGCCCCAUUUGGCACCGCGUACCCGAUUGCCAUCUUUGAGUUCUUCUUCGACACGGCGCGCGCGGUGGUGAAUCUCUUCACCAGCGGGACGAUUGAUCGGUGUCCGAAUAUUCGCUUCAUUAUUCCGCAUGCGGGAGGGGCGAUGCCUGCGCUUUUCACGCGGUUUGUGCGGUUUAGUUCGAUGGUGCCGGGCGGGCGCGUGUUAGAUGCGGCGGUGGUGAGGAGGCAGCUUGAUGAGCAGUUCUACUUCGAUCUUGCUGGGUUUGUAUUUGAUGGGGAUGAGGGUGGGGCGGGGCAGUUAAAGGCGCUUGUGGAGGGAUUGGAGAUUGGGAGUGGGAGGUUGAUAUAUGGAAGUGAUUUUCCAUUUACGAAGACGCCGUUGGUUAGGAAUUUUGCGGCUAGGAUGAAUGGUGGACUGGAAGCACUUUUUGACGAGAGAGAGAGAGAGAUGAUAUAUGAAGGGAACGCAGAGAAACUACUGAGCGAGAGGGGAAGCCGGUAA